AUGUCCGUGAUUUACAAAGAAAAUACGCUGGUAUCUCGCCGUGGUCGACGUUGUGUUGCAGGAGGAUGCUCCAAUACUACUAUCAAUGGAGUUUCCAUGCAUACUUUUCCUGCAAAGAGACCUGAUAUUCACCGACAAUGGGUUGCUUUUGUGAGAAGAAAACGCAAAGAUUGGGAGCCGACUCGUCACACAGUGUUGUGCAGUGCCCACUUCGAGGAAGAUUGUUUUCCACUGAAAUUCCGGUUAGGCCUGUUGGAAUCAAGUGGGAAGACUGUGAAGAGGACACUAGAAGAAGAUGCCGUCCCUACUAUUUUCAAUACUGCAACGACACCGACAAUGUCGACACCGACCAUGCCGACACCUCUUGAUCAGAGAGUAUAUGAAGAAUGUGAGCCAGAAGAUGCUUCAUGUCCACAGGCACCGACACAUAUUGAAGAAGAUGACCUAAGCUCAAGUAUGGAGGUAAGAUUGUUGCUGGCUGCACUGCACUUCAAUGAGAAUGUUUCGAGAGAACAGGCGUCACUUCAAAAUGGUGAAAAGAGAUACAGAAUCACAUUCCCCAAGCAAAAGAAUGGUGACUACACAGUAAGACAAGUGAGAACAGAGUGCACCUUCAAUUUGAUGAAAGCAACGAAGGAACGGGUGAAACUUUUACAGAUUCCCAAUUGCGAGGUUGUUGGAGAAUCGCCACCACCACUAUGUAUGAACUUUGUUCACCCAGAGAAGUCCGAAGCUGCUUUGGACUGA